AUGUUGGACCGAUCUGACCUGGUGACGAGCUGGCGGGACAUGUUCGGAGUGCUGGUGGCGUGGAGGCAGGUGUCAGACGCCAUGGAGCCCGUCGCAUGGAAGGCCUUCGCCCCGGGGCGGCACUGGAAGCAAGACAUGCUGUAUCGCACCGGCACACCCAUCUUCACCUGGCUGGAGGCAGCGGAGGAUCACGAGGGGCUCUUCAACGUGAUUGGUCGAGACUUCUACGUGCUUCUGCCAUGCUACAGCCGGGCAUUCCCAGGGUUAGUGUGCCUGCCAUGCUACAGCCGGGCAUUCCCAGGAUGCUUUCAUGCUCAAGAUGCUUUCAUGCUCAAGAUGCUUUCAUGCUCAAGAUGCUUUCAUGCUCAAGAUGCUUUCAUGCUCAAGAUGCUUUCAUGCUCAAGAUGCUUUCAUGCUCAAGAUGCUUUCAUGCUCAAGAUGCUUUCAUGCUCAAGAUGCUUUCAUGCUCAAGAUGCUUUCAUGCUCUCAUCUGCACCCUUCCCCUUACCUCCCAUGCCAGCUGCAUGCACCUGUCCUGGUUCUUAA